GGGUCAGCUGAUGUCAACACGGAAGCAGUCUGGAGUCGUGAAGUUGUCGCCGCGCUGAGGAGCAGCUGGACGGUCGAAACGUCUCAUUUCACCGAUUAACGAGCCGGAUCUCAGAUGUUUUAACGUUUCUACGUGCCGUUAAAGCCCGAAGCUGGUCGUCUUUUAUCUCAGGUAGCCCAGUCGGGCUGCAGGCAGCUGCUGACGAUGGUGAAGGUGUUUCGCUGUCCGGCCCGUCAUGGCUACGCCGUGGAAGUGUCCCCGUUCAUCCCUAACAGAGUGGCCUGCGCUGCCUCGCAGUACUACGGCAUAGCUGGUGGUGGCACACUCCUGGUCCUGGAUGAGACGGAGACAGGGGUUGCUCUGGUGAGAAGCUGGCAGUGGGGUGACGGUCUGUUCGACGUAGCGUGGAGUGAAGCCAACGAGCACCUCAUGGUCGCCGGUGGCGGGGACGGAAGCCUGCAGCUGUGGGACACAGCCAAUCACAACGCUCCGCUGAGAGUAGCCAAAGAACACACACAAGAGGUGUACGCUGUAGACUGGAGUCAAACCAGAGGCGAGAACCUCAUCGUCUCUGGAUCGUGGGAUCACACCGCUAAAGUGUGGGACCCCACUCUCAGCCAAUCGCUGACCACACUCAGGGGUCACGAAGGGGUCAUCUACAGCACCAUUUGGUCGCCUCACAUCCCAGGAUGCUUUGCCUCAGCCUCCGUGCCACACCGGAUCCCCACCUCCAGCGUCGGGAGGAGAGAAGAGUGUGUGUUUGUGUGUUGUUGUUGAGCCUCGAACUGCCCU